AUGGAAUCAACCCAAGAACAGGUUAAGUUAGCUGUUGUCAAGCAAGUUAUCGGUCGUACAGGAUCCCGUGGUGGUGUUACACAAGUUCGUGUCGAAUUCCUCGAUGAUUCUAACCGUUCCCUCGUCCGCAAUGUCAAGGGCGCCGUUCGUGAGGGUGAUAUCCUUUCCCUUCUCGAAACAGAGCGUGAAGCCCGCCGUCUUAGAUAA